GCUGUGGUGUGUCCAGGAUGGGAGGAGAGGAGGGAGGGACUACUGAAACAUCUAGAGACACAGAGAGGAACAAGCUGGAAUCUACUGGAUAUCAUCAACCUUUCCCAUAUAGGAGGGGAGGAGAGAGGGAAGGAGGAGAGGAGGGAAGAGAGAAGGGAGGAGGAAAGAGGGGCUGAGAGAAGUGAAGAAACAAGUGAUGAGACCAGAGAAGACAAGAGGGAAGCUGAGGUCUUGUCUCUCCUCUCCCGUCGUCUUCUUCUCUCCGCCUCUCCUCUCUCCUCCGUGGUCAUCCUUGGUUCUGACCCAGAAUGUCUCUCUUCUGUCCUCCGCUGCGCCCAGCGUCUCGCUCCCUCGUUCCCCACGCUGCAGUGGAUUAUGGGUAACCCUCUGUCACCUGACAAUCUCCUCUCGCUGGGCGGGCCCCUCGGCCUAUUGGCUUAUGGAGAGGUGGGUCGUAAGCCAAUCACCUUCUACAUCCGAGACGCACUGCGGUUGAUUGGCCAGGCGGUGACGUCGGCCAGUGAGGUGAGGCCAGACCUUGCUCUGAUCCAAAACCUGGUCAACUGUUACGACAAACCUAACAAAGAGGAAGUGCCCUCGUCUGGACAGUACCUGGCCAGGUUCCUCUCCAACACGUCGUUCCAGGGUGCUACGGGCGCUGUCCGCGUGGCACCGGCUCUCUCCCAGGUCCUCUCCUCCCAGCUGUACCACGUGUGGAGCCUGAAGAGAGGUCCUCUUGGCCAGCCGUCCUGGGUCACCGUGGCCCACUGGACCACCGGGCGCCUACAGCUGGACGAGGGGAGAGGGGAUAGGGAGAGAGACAACAGUCCUGGAGGGAGAUGGAGGCCGGGGCUAAAGAUGGAGGGCCGGAGGUUAAGGGUCGUGACCCUGGUGGAGCAUCCCUUUGUGUUCACUAGAGAGGUGGAUGAGGAUGGACUGUGUCCCGCUGGUCAGCUGUGUCUGGACCCUAGGACUAACCGCUCAGAUCGAUUGGACUCGCUGUUCAGUCAGCUACACCAGACCAAUCCAACAGAGGACCUGCGGAAGUGUUGCUAUGGUUACGUUAUUGACCUGUUGGAGAAGCUGGCAGAGGACCUGAAGUUCACCUUUGACCUUUACAUCGUGGGAGACGGGAAGUAUGGAGCGUUGAGCAGCACUGGCAGGUGGACUGGCCUGGUGGGAGACCUGCUGAGUGGAACAGCAGACAUGGCUGUGACAUCAUUCUCCAUCAACUCAGCCAGGAGCAGAGUUAUAGACUUCACCUCUCCUUUCUACUCUACCUCUCUGGGGAUACUGGUGCGUAGCCAGGACACAUCAGCCCCUAUUGGGGCCUUCAUGUGGCCUCUCCAUUGGUCCAUGUGGGUGGGCAUCUUCGUCACUCUCCAUCUUACCGCACUCUUCCUCACCGUCUAUGAGUGGAACAGUCCCUUUGGUAUGACUCCUCAUGGCAGGAACAGACUCAGAGUGUUCUCCUACUCCUCAGCCCUCAGCCUCUGUUACGCCAUCCUGUUUGGACGCACUGUCGCUACUAAGACUCCUAAGUGUUGGACCAGUAGGUUCCUGAUGAACCUGUGGGCUAUCUUCUGUCUGCUGGUGUUGUCCAGUUAUACAGCUAACCUGGCUGCUGUCAUGGUGGGGGAGAAAACCUUUGAACAGGUGUCUGGGAUUCAUGACGAGAAGCUCCACCACCCGUCCCGUGGGUUCAGGUUUGGGACAGUCAGAGAGAGCUCUGCAGAGGACUACAUGAGGAAGAGUUUCUCUGCCAUGCAUGACUACAUGAGACGUUACAACCAACCCACCACACCAGACGGAGUGGAUAUGUUAAAGACAGAUCCUCCCCUACUAGAUGCAUUCAUCAUGGAUAAAGCUCUAUUGGACUACGAAGUCUCCAUCGAUGCUGAGUGUAAACUAGCGACUGUGGGCAAGCCUUUCGCUAUAGAGGGGUAUGGUAUAGGUGUUGCCCAAGGCUCUCCUCUCACUGCCAACGUGUCUGAAUUCAUCAGCCGCUACAAGUCAGAAGGGUACAUGGACAUAUUACAUGAGAAAUGGUACAAGGUGGUGCCAUGUGGGAAGAGAGUAUUCACUAACACUGAGAAUUUAUCGAUGGGGAUAGAUCAUUUCUCAGGCCUGUUUGUGAUGUUGUGUGUGGGGGUGGUUGGAGCCAUCUUUACCUUGGCAGCUGAACACACCUUCUAUCACCUAGCCCUGCCCCGGCUACGACGGUCACACACACUAACCUACUGGUUGCAUACCAGCCAGAAGAUCCAUCGAGCCCUGAACACCCCCUACGAGGACGUUGGGAAAGAGUUGAUUGGCCUGGACCACAAUCCCUCCCCUUGUAUCUCUGACAGCUGCAGCCUCCACAGACACCAGCAGCCUCGCAAUCCUCCUCCCCUCUCUUCCCCCCUCCCUGCCCCCCCUCCUCCUCAGCCCUCCUCCCCUGCCCGGGACAUCAAGGAGAACAAGAGGGUCCACUUUGAUCUGGAGAGCCUGCACAGCUACCGUCUACACACACACACCGCCUCCUUCCGGGGGCGGCCUGGCAUGGUGGGGCGACACGGCCUGGGAGGGUGUCUGGGUGGUUUAGCUCCUCCUCAGGUUAGCCUGCAUGCUAACGGUGGCCCAGCAUCGGCCCUGGCCUCCUCCGGCCUGGCCCUGCCUCCCCUGGGGAACCCAGGCAGCCAGGCCUUCCUGUGGGAGGGAGAACUCCAGGAGGUCCAGGGGAGGAUUGAGACGUUCACAGCCCAGCUGAGAGACGCCAUGGUCAGGAGGGCCGAGAUACAGACCUGCCUGGAGAACCAGAAAAUGAACCAGAGCACAGCUACUGCUGUCAAACUGGAGAAAGAGAAGGUUGGCCAGUCACAAAGCCUGGAGAGAGUGAGAACCAACGUAGAGAAAGAUAGAACCAAGGAGGAAAGAGACCAGGAGAAAGAAAGGAGUGGCAGAAACAGAGACAGGACAAGCAGGGACAGUUCCACUGGGAGACAAGCAGCCAGACAGGACACAGACAGGGACAGACUGAUACACCAAUCACAAACUGAGAGAGAAAGAAACGACCAAUCAAAAAGCCUGGACAAAAAUGGGAGCAGCCAAUCACAUGCCUCCAACAUUCUGCAGACAGGGAGGAACAGCCAAUCAGAAGCUCUGAACACCCUACAGAGGAGGACAGCGAUCCAAUCAAAAACCUCCGCCAGCCUGGACAGAGGGACAACCAACCAAUCAGGUGCUGUCAAUACACUGCAGGGAGAAAGAACUGUUCAGUCACGUAACUCCACCAGCCUGGAGAGAGGAAGAGUCAGGCAAUCAGGUGCAGUGAAGGACCAGGAGAGGGGGAGAACUGUCCAAACACGGACAGGGGCUAGUCUGGACAGACCGAGAGCUAGCCAAUCCAGUGCCGGCACUGGAAAUCUGGUUAGAGAACGUCCCGCCCCCAAGGACACCCAGAAGAGUUUGUGUUAGUCGUUUGAUUGGUCUGUUGUGUUCUAAUAAAUAACCAAUCAGAGGGCUGGAAAAGUAUCAAACAGGUCCAAAUGAUUUACAAGGCAGCGAAUGAAGUAAAACUAUCAGACAGUUUUAAAAAGCAAUUAUCGUUUCUCUAACAAUGACAGACGGAGAUGUAGCCCUGGUCCAUUUGCCUCUGAUGUCAACGGCUGCUGUCUGUUACAAAAUGAUGAUCAGAACUUUAACCAUCUACUGUUUGUCUCUGCUAGGUGUUUCCUUUUUAUUUUAUUUUCCGUUGCACCCCUGGGGUGUAUUCACUAGGAACCAAACAGAACAAAACAGGGAGGGACCUACCUGAAUUUGUCCAAUAGAAUCUCUCGUUUUUUGUUGCAGAACGUUUUUUUGUUUGGAGCAAACGGUUUCCGUUGCAGUGGUUUGCGACUAAUGUAUACACCCCAGGUCUGUAGUCAGUUCUGAGUGAGUCGUUCAAGGUACACAUGGGGCUCCUAAAUGUUCAAUCAAGUGCUAUCUCCGCCCAACUGUGUAAGAAUCGGCUAUCCCAGGGUGCAAACCACGCGUGUCCACUGUCAUUGUCCUGACAAAUCCUUUAUAAGGACCUUGAGUUGGUCUGAUACUAUGCAGUUUAAUUGAAUUUACUUCAAUGGAAUUUGGUGUUAUCAAAUGUAACUAUACAGAAACUAUAGUCAGUGCUUGAAGUGAAUGAAAAAGGUGGACGCGGAAAUAGAAAAGGCGGUUGUAUUUGAGCCUAUAGCAGGUGUUCUAGAAGAGAUGCAGGUAGCUAGGUUACCUGAACUGAAGAGAUGUUUGUUGAAGUGUUGCAGAUAUGUUGUUCUGGUCUUGAUGGGUUGUGUUCAGUGUGCCAUGAUGCUGCCUAUAACAACAGCUAUCCGUCUCAUUCUCACACACAACAGAAUUGUAUCAGCGUAUUAUUGGGACUUAUGUCAUGUUGUUGUAUAUCAUUUCCAUAUUUUGAAAUAAACAUUUAUAUACUGGUUUUAAUGGAACA